GUUCCCUUCGCUCGGUGUAAACGAAUAAAUCAGCACUCUCUAUAAACAGCGCAGGCGGGGAUGAGGAUUUGGAGGUUGCGGUGUUGAAUUUCUCGUGCCCCUCGAGCUCAGUUGGAGUCGUUCGCAUUUCUUCAACCCCGAAAGCUAGCGAUUUCCUUCGAUACCAGCCAUGCGAACGAGCUUGACUCUCGUCGGCAUCUUGCUGUUGCUGUCGUCGUCUCUGCUCGGAACGUCGUGUGGUCAAUCGGGCGAACCUGCCGACUCGGCCUCAGCGGACGUGGAUGACUUCUACAGGAGUCGCUUCGGCAACGGCGACACGUCGCGAAUGCGCGUCAUCCUGGGCGACACCGAGGGCUGGGUGAACCCCCACGACAUGCUGGGCGUCGCGUCGCGGCCUUCCUCGUCGGGCAAGCGAACGCAACAGUCCAAGUUGAAGAAGAGCUCGGGCGCGCGACCCGAACCCAUCUCGGAGGACACGUCGUCCCCCGAAGCCCGGGCCCAAAUGUACAGCGAGAUCAGGGCGCGGGCUGCCGCCGAAAGCAAGAAGUUUAGCCGAUACCCGGCGGCGUUCGAGGAACCUGACGAAACCGUGGUCGAAACGACGAACGAAAAAAGCGAAACCGUGAAAGAAGGCGCCAGCUCGCCGACGCCGACUAGUAGCGAUGGUAAGCAGCGGAGUAGCUGUGACUGCGACUGCAAGGCGAUGCGACGCGAGGCCAAGAAAUGCGGCGAGCAGGUGAAACAGCUGAGGCUCAGUCAAGUGCUAGCCGAUGGACAGCACGACCGUGAGUUCAUCUACCUACGACGUCUCGCGCUCAACGUCAUCUACAGUGCCAAGUUCGGUGGAGACGAGAUGCCGUCGAACGUCAAGUUCGAGAUUCUGCUCUCGUCUGACGACGUGGCGACGUUGGAGAAGCUCGCCACGGACGCUGGUGCCAAGUCGUCACAGCUGGAGCAGAAGCUGUCUACCAUCCUGACCAGCUCGGUGGUGACGCCGGACGAGCUGCCGCACGGCGCCAACGCGCUCCUGGGUCGCCUGGCCCAGGCCUGGGGCCAGACCAUGGGCCCCGUGGACGUUCGGCUCGCAGUUCCAGCAUGUGCUAUGCUGGGCGUUUUCCUCAUUGUACUGAUGCGCGGCCGUCCGUGGAAGGCGAUCAUCCUUAUGAGUGCCUUUUACUUCCUCCUGCUCAGCUUUGUCUGGCACUGGGCCCUCUGCUAUCAGCUGGAGCAUGCGCGAAGAGAUGCGUACAUCUCGCAGAACGUGGUUCCGCCCGAGCACUGCCAGCCCGGCUACAGCCCCGGCUGGCUCCAGCGGAUUCUGGGACGAGCAAGCAGCGUGGAAUGCGAGAAGUACUACGAAAGCUUGCAUGUUGACCCUGUGUUGCAGGUCAAUCCGUUGUUCGUGCUGUCUGAGCUCUUGUCCAAGGCCCUCUUCAACCCGCUGUCCAACCUCGGCACGGCGCUGGGGAAGUUCGCGCGAAACUUCGCGGAGCACCAGACCUGGUGGAGCAUGCUGAACAACAUCGUCAACGCCAUCUGCAUCGGCGUCCUGGGCGUGUUUGCAGCCAUGAUCUUCGUGAAGCUCUUCGUCUUCUUCUACUGGACCAGGCCGGAGAAGCCGAGGCGCGAGCGCGUCGAGGAGGUGUCGGAAUCCGAGCUGAGCCGCCCGGCUCCUCAACGUCGCAUCGUUAGUCCGCCGAAAGAGUCGCUUCCCAGCCGCAAGGAGGAUAAGGAGGUCGCGGAAGAUGACAUUUCGUAUGAGGAAAGCGGCGAUGAGGACGUCGACGAAGAAGAGGUUGACGAAGGGGCCGGGGGGGACGCUUGCUGCCAAGAAGACGCGACGAAGCCUGGUAAAACCUGACUCGUCAAAACGCAGAUAGACGCGCGUGCGUUUGUGCCUUCAAAGGUUUUUUUAUAGCGUCUAGUUCAGAAACGAACGAUCCUUUGUGAUAACGCUCAAAUGUUCCUUUUUAUCCCCGUCCCUUAUGCCGUCAGAGCGCAUCUCUCAUCGCUUUGUCAGUGCACCAGUGCUUGGCCCUGUCCACGAAUCUCUAAUUUAAGUGUGUUUUUGUGCCAAUCAUGUAGUCCCUUUCUAGAUCUCAAAUGUAUCGUUCGGCUUUACAUACCAAAGCUUGCAUAAUCAGCACCAGCAUGUGCACCACUUAGCUCGUACGUUUCUUUCAACUCAUGAAAAGGACUUAAGUAUAUAUAGCUGUAAGGUGGCAUCUCAGGCUGGCUGGUGAUACGUCUUUCAAACAAGUAAAAAACAUAGUGCGCGAAAUGCUGAAAGGAAAGCAAUGAAAGAGUGCGUUGUGUAUAUUUUUUUUUCCCGAUUUUUUUGCGUGCUGAAGAAAAUUUUUUUACUUGUCUGAAAGGCAUAUGGCCAUUAUUAAUUUAUACCUUUACAGGAGCAUAAGUUAGUUUUGUAAAAUAUUAGGCUAGUCAUUGGUCUAAGUGGCUCCGUUGCGCCAAGCAAGAAAAGAAGCGACUCUCGCAGCAGUUUUUAAAAGGUGCCCCAAAUGUCAGUUUCAUUGGGCAAAAAGAGGCAGGUUUAAAACCAACCUGACUGCCUUCUUUUUGUCGACAUUGUGUGCACACAAAUUCAAUGUUCAAUGAGUGCCCCACUGUCGCCAGUGUGAUAGUAUGCCCACGCUGCGAACACAUUGCGUGAAGUUCGGGCCUGUAGCUGCGAACCGCGAAUCGAGUCAGCUGCGGAAAUCGCGGUCGAUUAUCGGAAAUUUCUUGUCACACAAGUUGCUAGGUUGUGAUGUCGCUUGCGUCAGUGACGACGAUGUAAGUGCACCGAUUGCCUGUGGUGCAAGACUUCAGAAAUGAAGGGAAUGUAAAGGAAUAUAUCAAAAGCAGAAGCCACUGCGAUUGUUACCAUGUUGGUGGCUAUUGUCCAUAUUUCGGAAGAAAGGCAUACGCUAUUCAAGUGAUAAGAAAACAAGACUUCGACUGUUUUGACGUUGCAACCAGUGCACAUAGUUCUGCGUUUUGAUGCUCCCGUUUCAGUAAUAAUAAUUGUUGGGGUUUAACGUCCCAAAACCACAAUAUGAUUAUGAGAGACGCCGUGGUGGAGGUCUCCAGAAAUUUCGACCACCUGGGGUUCUUUAAUGUGCACCUAAAUCUAAGUACAUGGGCCUCUAGCAUUUUUGCCUCCAUCGAAAAUGCGGCCGCCGCGGCUGAGAUUUAAUCCCACGACCCGAGGGUCAGUACUUGAGCACCUUAACCACUAGAGCACCAUGGUAGGGUUGCUUCCAUUGGAAUUGACUCUCACAUAAUACUAUAAGACAAGGUCCUUGCCCUUUCCCACCUUUACCAACACCGGAGAUUUUGUCUAGAGUUGCUUCGCAGUGUGAUCACACGAGCAAACCACAUUGCGUCUUUUUGUAUGCGUGUUGUUCCGAGCGUAUGUGCAUAGCAUAUGUAGUCAGUGCAUGUUUGCAGCUUUUCAGCUUUUCUGAGGAAGUCGACAAAUCACUUUUUUUGGUUAUGUUGGACUUGCAUUAAUUUUACUUUUGCCAAUUUCAUUUUUCAGUGGGUGCCCAUACACUAUUAUCAAUCCAAUAUUUGCGUUAUUUCAAUCCUGAUAUAUUCUCCUUCGCACUAGUCUAGACGGUGUGCACGCUUCUACACACAGUAUUGAACCCAACAGCAGCAGCAUCAGCCUUUGGCAGCUACUAGGGAAUGGGGGGGGAAUGCGUCGAAGACACAGUGUUCGAACAGGUUUCAAAGUGAAUGUGGCAGCUUGAAAUAAUUUUCCAGCAUUUUGCCGUCACCGACUGCUGCAGCUGUGCAUGUACGUGGAGUUUUAAUUUACACGUUCCAGCAAGUUUAUACCAGGACGGUAGGCUAGUUGGUUUGUUGGGUUUAAUGUCCCAAAGCGACUCUGGUUAAGAGAGACACCGUAGUGGAGGGCUCUGGAUAUUUUCGACCAGCUGGGGUCCUUUAGCAGACACUGACAUCGCACAGUACACAGGCCUCUGCCAUUUCGCCUCCGUCGAAAUGUAAUCGCUGCAGCCGGGUUCAAACCGGAGUCUUUCGGGUCAACAGCCGAGCACCGUAACUACUGGCCUACUGUGGUGACCUCUACCAAGAUGGCUGUCACGACUUGUUGCGAUUUCAUAAUGACAUGGGUGUGUUUAGGCUACCCGUUUCAAUUGUAAUUUGCCCAUGCUACUUGCUCUGUUGGAAUAAGGAAGUACCAGGGACGAACAGACACCCACAAGGGAGACGACACUUACACACAAGCGCUGUGUGUACAUGUCUCUCUUGUCGGUGCCUGUUUGCAUUGGUACUUCCUUAUUCCAAGGUGAACCAACUCGCCCAAAAAGAAGUAUACUUGCUCUCUGUUGUGUUUUCAAUAAACCAAUGAUAAAACCAU